AGAUUACUGCGUAACAGCCGCUGUGGAAUAGGAAAAACUAUGGUGGAAAUGGUGAGCAAGGAGCUGACGAGAUUGCUAGAUCAACGAUUCGAUUCCAGAUCCGUCGAUUUCAAUGUUGUGUAUAGUGAUACAUCAGCCAGUUUAUCGCACGGAGUUUUGUUCGCGUUAUGCCUGAAUAAGUCAAACAUUGUCACAAGCAUUCAGGAUGCCCUGCAAGAGACGAAAGGUCGGAGAGAUACAUUUGUUCUUGUAAUGCAUCACACCGCCAUAGAAAACCUGCCUCACAUGACACCUACAAGAACCAGAGUGGCCAGAAGUAAUAUCGAACUGCAGCUUGAAGAGAUAAUUGACAUGGCGUUUAGCAGUGACAAUGGUCUGUACGAAUGUGAUCUCAACAAC